AUGGCGCGGUGGUCCAUUUGCAUGCUGACCCUGGCAACUGCGCAGCUGCUGGGUAUCGCCAGCAUCUGCAGAGCGAAGGACCUACUGGACCAAGAGUAUCAGAGGACAUCGCGAAUCUCUCCACGGUUCGACCCUGAGGAACUCAUCAAGAUGAAAGAGGCACUGAAAGGUGCCAUCCAGAUUCCAACAGUGUCCUUGACACCUGGGGAGUACAACACCACAGCCUUACUUAAGUUUGGAGAAUUCAUUCGCAAAGUGUUUCCUACAAUCUUCAACACCAGUUUUAUUCAGCAUGAAGUUGUAGGCAAUUACAGCCACCUGUUCACCAUCCAAGGCUCAGAUCCCAGCUUGCAGCCCUACAUGCUCAUGGCCCACAUAGAUGUGGUACCAGCCUCUGAAGAAGGUUGGGAGGUGCCCCCCUUCUCUGGGCUGGAGCGUGAUGGCUUCAUCAAUGGUCGGGGCACACUGGACAACAAGCACUCUUUGAUGGCUAUCUUGCAAGCUUUGGAGUUCCUGCUAAUCAGAAACUAUAUCCCCCGAAGGUCUUUCUUCAUUGCUCUGGGCCAUGAUGAGGAGGUUUAUGGGGAGAACGGUGCCAAGAAGAUCUCAGCACUGCUGCAGACCAGGGGCGUCCAGCUGGCCUUCCUCGUGGAUGAAGGCAGCUUUAUCUUGGACGGUAUCAUUUCCAUCCUCAAGGAGCCCAUUGCCAUGAUUGCAGUCUCCGAGAAGGGCAUACUCAAUCUCAUGCUGCAAGUAAACAUGAUGCCAGGCCACUCUUCAGCUCCUCCAGAUGAGACUAGCAUCGGCAUCCUUGCAGCUGCUGUCAGCCGAUUGGAGCAGACACCAAUGCCAAAUGUGUUUAAAGAUGAGACUCUGAAGACUACUCUGCAGCUACUAGCAAAAGAGUUCCCCUUUCCGAUAGAUGUCAUUCUGAACAACCUGUGGCUUUUUUGGCCCCUUGUAAGCAGGGUAAUAGAGAUGAAUCCUGUAGCCAAUGCAUUUAUCAGGACUACCACAGCACUCACCAUGUUCAAUGCAGGAAUCAAGGUCAAUUCCAUCCCCUCAGUUGCCCAGGCCACAGUCAACUUGCGGGUCCACCCAUCACAGACUGUCGAAGAGGUUCUGGAAUUUGUCAAAAACACUGUGGAUGAUGACCGGGUCCAGAUACAUGUGUUGAAGGCCUUUAACCCCCAGCCUGCCAGUCCCUUUGAUGACCAGGCUUUGGGUUACCAGCUGCUUCACCAGACCAUACAAUCUGUCUUCCCGGAACUUCACAUUAUUGUCCCAGGUAUUUGUAUCGCCAACACAGACAGCCGCCACUUUAGGAACCUCACCACGAGCCUCUACAGGUUCACCCCUAUCUACAUACAAUCUGAGGCCUUCAACAGGAUCCAUGGCGUCAAUGAGAAAAUCUCCAUCCAAAACUACGAGACCCAAGUGAAAUUUAUGUUUGAACUGAUCCAAAAUGCAGACAUAGAGCAGACAGAUGUUCACCACUUGCACGAUUUGUGAGGCUGAGGAGACAGCGUGGUAGUGCCUGAGUCUGAGCGAGGUCAAAACCCGUGGGAGAGCCAGUGCUGAUGAGACCUGACUGA